AUGUGCAAAGCAACUGAAGGAAAAAUAAGUUUAGUUACUUUUAAUGAUAAUCCAUUAUUCACAGUUACCUUUAACUUGGUCGAUAGAACUUUCAAAACGUUAAAUUUAGAUGUGCCAAAGGUAGUUCUUAUUAUCAGAGAAAACUUCAUAAAAUUUUUAAGAGUUAUCGAACAGAAUGAAAAGGAAGUUGCAAUCAAUGAGGAAUCUAGUAAUUCAUCAACAGAAAUAGCCAUUCAAGAAAGUGCACAAAAUUCUAACGUCGAUGAUAGUACUUUAUCAAUAAAUAAUUCUGGCGAUCCCAUAUCUAUAUCUUCAAGAUUCAAAAAAAAAAAA